CCCAAGUCUCUCUGCAGCUCUCCUGGAGCCCCUUCAGGCUCCGUGAGGCUCUCUAAGGUCACCCUGGAGCCUUCUCUCUCCAGGCUGGACAUUCCCAGCUGCUCCCCCCGUCUCCUCCAGGCCCUGCUCCGCAGCAGCCAGCCCCUGACCGGGCCCAACCGCCGGCGGUGCCGCGAGGACGAGAAGCUCUUGGGGACAAUCCUGGAUGAGGGCGAGCGAGGUUUCAUCAUCGACACGCGCUCGGCACAGGCGGCCAAGCAGGCCCGGAUGAGCGGCGGCGGCACCGAGCCCAAAUCCUCGUACCCGCAGUGGAGGAGGCUCCACCGAGCCCUGGACAGAGGCCGCCCGCUGCAGGAGAGCUUCAUCAGGCUGGUGGAGGCGUGCGCUGAGCAGGGCAUGGACCGCUGGCUGGGCCGGCUGGAGAGCAGCCGCUGGCUCGGCCACGUCAAGGCCGCCCUGAGCACGGCCUGCCUGGCUGCUCAGUGCCUGGACAGGGAGGGCUGCAAGGUGCUGGUGCACGGGGCGGAGGGGACAGACACGACGCUGCUGGUGACGGCGCUGGCCCAGCUCAUCCUGGACCCGUCCUGCCGCAGCCUGGAGGGGUUCCAGGGGCUGCUGGAGCGGGAAUGGAUCCAGGCCGGGCACCCCUUCCAGCUGCGCUGCGCCCGCUCCGCCUCCUCCCACGGCCGAGGGAAGCAGGAGGCUCCGCUUUUCCUCCUCUUCCUCGACUGCGUGUGGCAGCUGAGCCGCCAGUUCCCCUUCUCCCUGGAAUUUGGGGAGCAGCUGCUCCUCACGCUCUUCGACAACGCCUACGCCUCCUCCUACGGCACCUUCCUGUGCAACAACGAGAAGGAGAGGAGCCUGUGUAAGGUGAAGGAAAGCACACACUCGCUCUGGGCCUGGCUGAACCAGCCCGAGGAGAGGCAGAAGUACCUGAACCCUCUCUACUCACACAACCCCCUGGUGAUCUGGCCCUCUGUGGAGCCCCAGAGCAUCCAGCUCUGGCAGGGUUUAUUCCUUCGUUGGAUCCGUCCUUCCCAGCACCUGGAUGAGGCCUGGGCGGAGAUCCGGAGGUUGGUGGAGGGAAACAACUCCUCCACCAAGGAGAGCACAGGGAAAAGGCUGAGCCAGAGCUUCCCUGACCCCACUGCAGGGACACGGAAUGGGAGGUGAAGCGUGGCCAGCUGGGUCCCCAUGGGAUUUGGGAUAAGCUGGAUCUUCCCAUGGGAAGGGCUGUGCUGGACACAGACCCCAUGGACAGCUCUGGCAGAGGGCACAGACCCCCUUUCCCAGCCUUUAGCCGCCCAGCCCGAGCUCUUUGCAGUAAAUCUCUCUCCCAGACCUU